AUGGGCAUGCCUGCCAUGUCGCCUACCAUGACGGAGGGUGGUGUUGCCGAGUGGAAACUCAAGGAGGGAGACUCGUUUGCUGCUGGUGAUGUCUUGCUUGAAGUCGAAACCGACAAGGCCACAAUCGACGUCGAAGCCCAAGAAGACGGUAUCCUCGGCAAGAUCAUCAUCCAAAACGGCGCCAAAAACGUUCCUGUCGGCCAAAUUAUUGCCAUCCUCGCUGAAGAAGGGGAUGAUAUUUCCAACCUCGAGGUGCCCAAGGAGGAAGCUUCCCCCUCGUCUAGUGCGCCCAAAGAGGAGAAGAAGGAGGCGGCUAGUGAGCAGGUGAAAAGUGAAGGUAGGGAGAACCCUAGGGAUGAGAGGAAGCCGCAUGAGCACAAGGAGAUCAAGCACCCCAAGCCUCUGUUCCCUAGUGUGUCUAGAUUAUUGCAAGAGUCUUCCCUCACCUCGGAGGAGAUUUCCAAGCUCAAGGGUACCGGCCGACACGGCAUGCUCACCAAAGGCGACGUCCUCGUCGCCCUCGGCAAGAUCAAGAACCCCUACGGCUCGGCUGAAAAGCUGGUGACAGACGCGAUGGGCGCCAGCGGCAGGCGGGCGAGUGAAAACAAGUUGACAGAGGCCAAGAAUGCGCCGGGAGAGGGAGGGGAGAAGAAGAAGGAGGCGCCGUUGGAUGGUGCGGCGUUGAGGAGGUUGAUUGUGAAGGGAAUGUCAAAGGUGACCCAACCCGCUGAGCCUAUUGUCAAGCACGAAUCCACUCCCCUGCCUCGCUCGGACGAUUUCGAGUUUGACGCCAUCCUUGCCCCCUAUGCCUCCCUCCUUCCCGCCCCCAAGCCUUCGGUCAAGCUCCCCUCUGAAGACGACUUGAAGGCUGCUGCUCCCAAGAAGGACGAAUUCGCCGGGCUCUAUUAG